CCUUAACAAAUAUAUCAUUAUUGACAAUUAGUGAUUGUUAACAUCACAGAAUGACCAUUCUUCAGUUCACACCUUUUAGCUCGGCUGUAGACGCUGCAUUCUGGCAGACUCUGGCUGAAAAAAAGCUAAACGAAUUCCAGCUGUCUGAUCAAUCUCGGUCACUCUUGGGUUACUAUACUCCCGGACAUGCUCUUCUUGACACUCAGGGACAGUCAGUAGCCGUGGCUCCCCGACUAUGCUUACCUUCUCAAGCAUUUGAAAAGACCAGCACAAUCCCUGCAAACGCUUUUCAAGUCACUGGCACAAUCACAAAUACAAAUACCAUCCAAGACUUUCAAAAGCUCGACAGGCAGGCACUCUUUCAAGAAGCAGCAUCAAAGUUGUGGAAUUGUAUUGAGAGUGGGGAGGCUAUUAAACAUCCUGGUCUGCUGUGUCAGUUCUUUGUACUGACCUUUGCAGACCUAAAGAAGUACAAGUUCUAUUAUUGGUUUUGCUUUCCUGCACCUAUACCACAACCAUCCCAAUGGCAGCUGGAUAAACCAAUGACUCCUAUAACCAGUGAAAUGAAUUCUGACCAAAUUCAAUCCCUUGCCAAAGAAUAUGCAAAAUUACGUUCAAGUCAAGGUCCAGAUUCUGCUUAUUUUCUUAUUAAAAAACACACUAGCGGUAACAUUCGGGUUGGCAGUCUUGACACAUGGGAUGAUUUUUUCAAUCGCUCGGAUGAGCCAAUCGUAGGAUUUGCCGAUCCUUCUGGACUGGCUUCUCCGGGAUGGCCACUGCGUCCACUUUUAGCAUUAGCUCACCACUCAUGGGGUCUCAACACCCUAAAGGUCGUGUGUUACCGAGACCCUAUCGAAACAUCUCAAAUCUUGGUGACCAGCUUACCAACCGACAGUCUAUACCAGCCAAAAGAUUCCAAGCAAAAGGAUACUCUUCCAAAGUCAGUCGGUUGGGAGAGGAAUGCACAGGCCAAACUGGGUCCUCGAGUAGCAGACCUGGGACCACUCAUGGACCCUCUCAGAUUGGCUGAUACAUCGGUCGAUCUUAAUCUCAAAUUAAUGAGAUGGCGUGUUGUCCCUGACCUUGACCUCGAAAAGAUCAAACACACAAAAUGUCUCUUGCUGGGUGCGGGCACUCUUGGAUGCCAUGUGGCACGAUGUCUAUUGGGGUGGGGUGUGAGACAUAUAACCUUUGUUGAUAACGGCAGAGUGUCGUUUUCAAACCCUGUUCGUCAACCACUCUAUACCUUUGAAGAUUGUCUUGAAGGAGGCGCACCAAAGGCUGAGCAGGCAGCCAAGGCACUAAAGGCAAUUCAACCCUCGAUUGUAUCAAAAGGCUAUUCAUUCACCAUCCCAAUGCCUGGACAUCCAUUACCCGCUCAACAACUCAGACAAGAUUCCCAGGCUUUAUUGGAUUUGAUUGAGAGCCAUGAUGUUGUCUAUCUCUUGACAGACAGCCGAGAGAGUCGAUGGUUACCCACAAUGCUGGCAGCAAAACUAAACAAGAUUGUCAUCAAUUCUGCCCUUGGAUUCGAUACCUAUCUAGUAAUGCGACACGGAGGUCGAAAUCAAGCUCAAGAUCAAGAUCAAGAAAAAAUAGGCACAAAUCUUGGUUGCUAUUUCUGCAAUGAUAUUGUUGCGCCCACUGAUUCUUUGACUGAUCGCACACUUGAUCAACAAUGCACUGUUACCCGACCCGGUCUGGCAGCUAUUGCAGGUGCCCUGGCAGUAGAAUUGAUGGUUUCACUUACUCAACACAAAGAUGGAGUUAAUGCUCCGGCUGGGAAGAAUGAUGUGCCCUGUCUAUUGGGUAUUGUUCCUCAUCAGAUACGGGGAUUCCUUGGACAAUUUAGUAAUAUGCUGAUUGUUGGACAAGCCUAUGAUCGAUGCACUGCCUGUUCAACAAAGGUCAUUGAGCAUUAUGAUGCUGACCCACUUGGUUUCCUUUCUAAUGUGGUCGAGGAUCCUCUCUAUCUCGAACAGAUCACGGGCCUUUGUCAGAUGAAGGCAGAAAGUGAUGCUCUCCUUCUUGAUGAUGAUUGGACAGGGCUGGAGGAUGAUUUUUAAAAAUGAAAUGAAAUGAACAAUCCGUCCAUCUAAUAUCAAUUUUAUAUUUUUUAUUUUU